AUGGAUAUGUUUAAGCUACCAACUUUUGGUAAGGUGAUGGGUUCCCAUCCUACUCCUCCAGACAUGUCGAAUGUUGACCAGAGGCCACGUAAUUUAGCUGUCGUUAAUUGCCCUAACAAUUCCUAUGCACUGGCUAAUGUGGCAGCUGUGUCACCAAGUGAUUUUCCCGACAAUAUAUAUCUUGUUGUGGAUAACUUAUUUGUCUUCACGACCAGGCAUUCUAGUGAAGUUGCUCCCGGUACCAUUGGAUUCAACGGUAAUCAACGUUCUUGGGGGGGAUGGUCUUUGAACCAGGAAGUUCAAUGCAGGGCUUUUGAUCUAUUUAGAUACUCGGGCAAGCAGUCGUAUUUGGGUACUCUCGAUUUAGAGAUUUCCUUCAGGUCCAGAGGCAAAGCGGUCAAUACGCCAUUCGACCAGGAUGAGCUGGCCAACGUGUUUGUCAAGAACUUCGAAUCGCAGAUUUUCUCUGCCACGCAGUACCUAAUCAUGGACUUUAAGGGGAUGUAUUUUGACUUGAAAGUCAGGAGUAUCCAAGCUAUAGAUUUGGGUGAUGUAGAAGUCAGCGGAAAAGUUUCUACGGGUAUCGAAGCUAAAGGUAUAUUAACCAAACAAACGCAAAUCAAUUUCUUCAAAGGUAGGGAUGGGCUUGUGAAUUUGAAGUCGAGUAACUCGUUGAGACCUAGAUCAGACGCAGUGAUUAGAUCAGAUUUUAAAUUUGAAGAUUUGGGUGUUGGUGGGUUGGACAAGGAGUUUACCAAGAUCUUUAGGAGAGCGUUUGCCAGUAGAAUUUUUCCACCGGCAGUUAUUGAAAAGCUAGGUAUUACUCAUGUUAAAGGUCUGCUAUUAUUUGGGCCACCAGGUACGGGUAAGACGUUGAUUGCGAGAAAAAUUGGUAAGAUGCUGAAUGCGAAGGAACCCAAAAUCGUGAACGGUCCAGAAAUCUUGAGUAAGUACGUUGGUUCCUCGGAAGAGAAUAUUCGUAACCUAUUCAAAGAUGCUGAAGCAGAGUAUAAAGCAAAAGGCGACGAUUCCUCUCUCCAUAUCAUCAUUUUUGAUGAAUUGGAUUCCGUCUUCAAACAAAGAGGUUCCAGAGGUGACGGUACCGGGGUUGGAGACAACGUUGUCAACCAACUGCUUGCCAAAAUGGAUGGUGUUGAUCAACUGAAUAACAUUCUGGUAAUUGGUAUGACUAACCGUAAGGAUCUAAUUGAUAACGCCUUACUACGUCCAGGUAGAUUUGAAGUUCAAGUGGAAAUCCACCUACCAGAUGAAGCAGGUAGGUUGCAAAUUUUUGAAAUUCAAACGAAAAAGAUGAGAGAGAACAACAUGAUGGACGGUGAUGUCAAUCUCGCUGAAUUAGCUGCCCUGACGAAAAACUUUUCUGGUGCUGAAAUCGAAGGUUUAGUGAAAAGUGCUAGUUCCUUUGCCAUUAACAAAACGGUUAAUAUCGGUAAAGGUGCCACCAAGUUGAACCCGAAGGAUAUCGCAAAAUUGAAAGUGACCAGAUCUGAUUUUCUGAAUGCUCUGAAGGAAGUCACACCGGCCUUUGGUAUCAGUGAGGAAGACCUAAAGACAUGUGUUGAAGGUGGUAUGAUAGCCUUCUCAGAAAGGGUUAAUGGAAUUCUGAAGAAUGGUGGAAGGUACGUCCGCCAAGUGCGCCAAAGUGAAAAAUCGAGAUUAGUGUCACUUCUGAUUCAUGGCCCUCCAGGUUCUGGUAAAACCGCCCUAGCUGCAGCUAUUGCCCUUAAAUCUGAAUUCCCAUUCAUUAGAUUAAUUUCGCCAACCGAGAUAUCCGGUAUGUCAGAAAGUGCGAAAAUUGCGUACAUUGAUAACACAUUCAGAGACGCGUACAAAUCUCCUCUAAACAUUUUGGUUAUCGAUUCCAUUGAAACGUUAGUUGACUGGGUGCCUAUCGGGCUUCGGUUUUCAAACAACAUAUUGCAAGUUUUGAAAGUAGCGCUGGGCCAUAAGCCUCCUGAGGGUCGUCGUCUGCUGAUCAUGACAACCACAUCUAAGUACUCAGUCCUGCAACAGAUGGACAUACUAAGCUGUUUUGACAAUGAAAUUGCUGUUCCAAACAUCACCACCCUAGACGAAUUCAACAACAUCAUGAUUGAGUCAGAAUUUCUGGACGACGCCGGUCGUGUCACCGUCAUCAACAGUCUGGCACAACUAGGUGGUAAAUUGAACAUCGGUAUUAAGAAGGUCUUGACAAAUAUCGAGACUGCUAGACACGAUGAUGACCCAGUGAACGAAAUAAUCGAAUUAAUGACCUAA